UUUGCCGUGGAGCUUGUUUUAAAACGCAUUUGGCAUAUGUUCUUUUUGUCUUUUGAAGGCACACUUUUCACUUUGAGUUAAAGUGUGCCAGGUUUGAUCUGUGAAUAAUGGUGUAUUUGCCGGAACAUUCUUCUUUUUUACCCCUUAUAUUGCUGUCAGUUAUUACUAUAAACCCUCUCUGCUGUGGCCUGCAAUCUGCUGCACUGCGUCAAACCCGUCAGAUAAAAACGCAGCUCGACCCCUUAUCUAAAUUUGCCAUGCCCGGCUCAAAAUCCUUCCUUAGAACCCCUAAAACAUCCCCGCACGGUGCAUCAACUGACGAAGUCAUACUAGACAUGGCUUCAUCCUCUACCCAAGACUCAAAUAGGUCGGAGUUAGCCGAAGAAAUGGAUUUUGGUGACGUGAUUUUAAUGUUUUUCUUUAUAUCGGGUCUCGUCAUCAAUUUACUCGCAUUUUUCAUAGCUCUCAUUAUUUUUUGGAAUACCCCAAUCAUUAGACGUUUUAUCGUCAAUAUGAUCAGUGCAGACUUGAUGCUGUUGAUAACUGGGUUUUACCUCAAGUUCAAAAGAGUGUUCCGACUAGUAAGUGUCGUGUCAUGUAAAAUUAUUUUCACUACUGACAUUGCAUUACUGCAUGUUUCCUGUUAUACAAUCGUGCUUAUUGCUUUCUAUAGGUAUAGCAAACUAUUUCCCGUUCAAGUUGGUCCCCAUUCUCUCGGCCAAUUUUUCUCAAAACCAAAAUUUCUCAAUCUAACUCUUCUCAUUUUGUGGAUUAUACCAUUUAUUAUUGCAUCGCCAAUGGCGUAUUACUCGACCUUUGAUUCGGAAUUUGUGAAAUGUGAUUCGGAAAUGCCAUACGACUUUCAAACAUUCUACAAUUUGCUCACGUUUGUAUCCAGUUACGUCAUUCCAGGAAUCGCAGUGACAUUUCUCUACUCGCGAAUUAUAAGCAAAACCCGAUCGGCGAUUUCGAUGUCGGCUAAUAGUUCGGAUGAGACAAGUCGACAUGUGAAUAUGAUGCGCUUUCUGACCUAUGUAGUGUUAGCGUUUUGGAUCCUUCAUUUGCCAUUUUGGUGUUGCAAUCUGGGAAGCACGUUUGAAAUAUACGAGUUCCCGCGGUCCUUCCUCCAUUUCUCGAUAAUUCUGACCUAUGUCAAUGCAGCUCUGAAUCCUUUUCUCUACGCACUUCUCAGUGUCGACUGUGCUCGAUGUUCGUGUGCAUGUAUAGCCGAUUCGUUAAUCUGUGAACCAAUCAGAUGUCUCAUUUUUCUAUUCUGCUCCUGUGAUCCAACUACAGCACCCUCAAUGAGUUCGCAUAGUAACCAGAAUAAUCUAGACAAAGGGGAUCAAAACGAUGAUGGAGAUGUUGGUAAUAACAUGGGAACAAAAACUACCAACGAAGCCGCGAAGAUAACUGGCAAACAAUUCGACGGCCCACAGAGUCAAUCCUUGUCCUAUCAUGGUUUGAAAAUGAAAUACAACGAAGAUGAGAUCAUUUGAAACGAGAAAAAAAUUUUUGCUCUUUGUCGUGUUCGAUUAUGUAUAUUCUCUUAUCUACGCAUUAAACCUAAAUGUGCUUAUUUUUGAAAUAUUAUUGUUUAUGUU